GACGACGAGGAAGGAGGGUAGACUAGGAGAGACUGAAGAGUGCGCAUCCAAAAAGUCCAACCAAAGAAGGGCCCAUCCAUGCUUGUGAUGCUGUUGGUGAUAUUAUUGCUGUGAUCAUAAGCGCAAUAGCACACUUCGCCACUUUUUCUCAAUCUCAAAAGCAUCGAACAUCUUGAACCUCUCCUCAACGAUAAGAGAAAUCCACAACCCCCACACAAUACCCAAUCAAUCCCAUUGUUCUUCCCGUCCACAUCUCCCCCAAUCAAACUCUUCCAUUUCUCACUCCUCACAUCCACAAAACCAACCACCCAUUAACACCCUCUUCUCUCAGUCAACUUCUCUGUUUACCAUUGAAAUUUGAACACCACGUCCAACAACAACAAUGGCUUCUGCCACCACACCCACCACCUUCUCUCUCCUCCAAACCACCACCGCCUCCACCUCCCGCACCCGCUCUUCUCUCACCCAUGUCUCCUUACCCUCUUCUCUCAAACCCACCACUCUCCGCCGCCUCGGCUUCUCCGCAGCCGAUCCCCUCUUCGCUCUUCAGGUAGCUUCCAAAGUUCGAUCCUUUGGCUCCGGCAAAGCGGUUAGAGGCGUUGUGUCAAUGGCGAAGAGGAGCGUUGGAGACCUAUCAGCAGCUGACUUGAAGGGGAAGAGGGUGUUUGUCAGGGCUGACUUGAAUGUGCCUUUGGAUGACAGCCAGAACAUCACUGAUGAUACUAGAAUUCGCGCUGCUAUUCCCACCAUUAAGCAUUUGAUUGAGAAAGGGGCUAAAGUCAUUCUUUCCAGUCAUUUGGGACGACCAAAAGGUGUGACCCCAAAAUUUAGCUUGGCACCUCUUGUACCUCGGCUAUCUGAACUUCUUGGGAUUCAGGUUGUGAAGGCUGAGGACUCCAUUGGUCCAGAAGUAGAAAAGUUGGUGGCUUCACUUCCUGAUGGCAGUGUUCUUCUUCUUGAAAAUGUGAGGUUUUACAAGGAGGAAGAGAAGAAUGAUCCUGAGCAUGCAAAGAAGCUUGCCUCCUUAGCAGAUCUUUAUGUCAAUGAUGCAUUCGGUACUGCCCAUAGAGCUCACGCCUCAACUGAGGGGGUCACAAAAUUCUUGAGGCCAUCUGUAGCUGGUUUCCUUUUGCAGAAGGAACUCGACUAUCUUGUUGGGGCAGUAUCAAGUCCAAAAAGACCAUUUGCAGCCAUUGUUGGUGGUUCAAAGGUCUCAUCCAAGAUUGGGGUGAUUGAGUCACUUUUAGAGAAGGUUGAUAUCUUACUUCUUGGUGGCGGAAUGAUUUUCACAUUUUACAAGGCACAGGGUCUCUCAGUCGGUUCGUCUCUGGUAGAAGAAGACAAACUAGAACUUGCUACAUCACUGAUUGCAAAGGCCAAGGCAAAAGGAGUGUCUCUUUUGUUACCCACUGAUGUCGUAAUUGCAGACAAGUUUGCUCCUGAUGCAAACAGCAAGAUUGUUCCAGCUUCAAGCAUCCCUGAUGGGUGGAUGGGAUUGGAUAUUGGUCCAGACUCUAUUAAGACAUUCAAUGAGGCACUGGAUACCACUCAAACCAUCAUCUGGAACGGACCAAUGGGAGUAUUUGAGUUUGACAAGUUUGCAGAAGGAACAGAGUCUGUUGCAAAGAAGCUUGCAGAACUUAGUGGGAAAGGAGUGACAACAAUCAUCGGAGGUGGAGAUUCUGUUGCUGCAGUGGAGAAAGUAGGAGUUGCUAAUGUGAUGAGCCACAUAUCGACUGGUGGUGGUGCUAAUUCUAUUUUUUGUGAAAAGAAGCCCAAGACUAAGAUUGUGUGCACGUUGGGACCAUCAUCGCGGUCUGUGGAGAUGUUGGAGAAGCUUCUGAGGGCCGGCAUGAAUGUUGCUCGCUUCAACUUCUCACAUGGAACUCAUGCUUACCACCAAGAAACUCUUGACAAUCUCAGGAUUGCCAUGAACAACACUGGCAUUCUCUGUGCUGUCAUGUUGGACACUAAGGGUCCAGAAAUUCGAACAGGGUUGCUGAAAGAUGGGCAAUCCAUAGAUCUUAAACAGGGUCAAGAGAUCACCAUCACCACUGACUAUACAAUUCUUGGUGAUGAGAACAUGAUCUCUAUGAGCUACAAAAGGUUGGCUGAGGAUGUGAAACCCCAAACUGAUAUCUUGUGUGCUGAUGGGAAAAUUACUUUAAGGGUUCUGGCUUGUGACAAGGAGCUCGGUUUGGUACAUUGUCGCUGUGAGAACUCUGCAGAGUUGGGUGAGAAGAAGAAUGUCAAUCUCCCUGGAGUAGUUGUUGAUCUGCCAACUCUAACAGAGAAGGACAAAGUUGAUAUCUUAGAGUGGGGAGUUCCGAAUAAGAUUGACAUGAUCGCGCUCUCUUUCGUGCGCAAAGGUUCAGACCUUGUUGAGGUCCGAAAAGUGUUGGGGGAGCAUGCAAAGAAUAUAAUGCUUAUGUCCAAGGUUGAGAAUCAAGAAGGGGUUGCAAAUUUCGAUGAAAUUCUUGCAAACUCGGAUGCAUUUAUGGUGGCAAGGGGUGACCUUGGAAUGGAAAUUCCAAUUGAGAAGAUAUUCUUAGCUCAGAAGUUGAUGAUAGAGAAGGCCAACAGACAAGGAAAGCCGGUGGUGACUGCUACUCAGAUGUUGGAGUCCAUGGUCAAAUCUCCUCGUCCCACCCGAGCUGAAGCCACUGAUGUUGCCAAUGCAGUCCUUGAUGGAACCGACUGCGUGAUGCUCAGCGGAGAAACUGCAGCCGGAGCCUAUCCUGAAAUUACAGUUCAAACCAUGGCCAAAAUCUGUGUUUCUGCAGAGGAUUCCAUAAACUAUGGGGAGCUCUUCAAGAGAAAGAUGGAUGCUGCACGAAUGCCUAUGACCCCAUUAGAGAGCUUGGCCUCCUCAGCAGUGCAGACGGCAAAUUGCACCAAGGCUGCUUUGAUUUUAGUCCUCACCAGAGGAGGAAGCACAGCGAAGCUUGUGGCUAAAUACAGGCCAAGCAUGCCAAUUUUGUCUGUGGUGGUGCCUGAGAUAACAACAGACACUUUUGAGUGGUCAUGCAGUGAUGCAGCUCCAGCAAGGCAUAGCCUCAUCUACAGGGGUGUUCUGCCUCUUCUCAGCUCUGGUUCCAUAAGAGCUUCUCAUGCUGAGUCCACAGAAGAGAGCAUACAGUCUGCCAUUCAAUAUGCAAAGGAAAAGGGUCUCUGCAAGCCUGGAGAUUCGGUUGUGGUUCUGCACCGUGUUAACACUGACAUGAUCAAGAUUUUGACUGUGAUGUGAGGAUUCUUAGGAAAA